GAUGUUGCAUUUAGAUUUCGAAAAGAUCUCUUAAAGUGAGGCCGUCAGCGCUCCGAAACAAGCCGAAUUUAUUAAAAAAAGUAACAUGUUCCGCUACAUUGCUAUAGCAGUGUUGUUCGCUGCGGCGACUUCAGAAGUCAUAUUCGAGGGACCAUGUCCCGAUGUCAAGACGGUUGAGAAUUUCGAAUUCGAAGCUUACGGAGGAACAUGGUACGAAAUGGCAAGGUACCCUAACGCAGGGGAAGAGGACACUAAGGGCAAAUGUACAAUCGCUGAAUACACUGUAAAUGGCGAAAAAGGCAAGGUUAAGAACUCGCAUGUCAUCGAUGCGGUCCAACACGAUAUCUACGGUGAUCUGACACACGUCGCUCCUGGCAAGAUCAUGAUUACUUACACAUUUGGAGGAGUAUCCAAAAACUCUUACCUGUACGUAUUAGAUACGGACUACAAGAGCUACUCUAUCGGAUACAGCUGCAAAUACUUCAAGGAUGGCAACAAACAUCAAGUCUUGGCAUGGAUCAAGUCUAGAAGCAAGAAACUUGAUUGUGAAGCCAAAUACAAGAUCGACAACUUUUUGAGGACCUCCAAAGUAUUGGAUUCUGCCAGAUUCGUUCUGAACGAGCACUCGGAAGCCGCUUGUACCGCACCCACCAUCAAAACUAUCACCGAAUUCCUUAAGUGAAUAGAAAUAUAGUUAAGUAGAUUAAAUAGGUACAUAAUGUCAAUAAUAAACUUAAAAAUUCUAUAAAUUCAAAUGUUCUAUUUACAGUAAACUACAGAUAAAUAAAAUAAUAUA